AUGAAACAUUCUUUCGACACUAAAACUCUCUCCAUUGGCUGUUCUCUUUUAGUUUUUAAUCGAGUACCACCUAGUAUGAAUCCGCAAGAGCUCAGUACUAUGGUUUGGAUGGGACCGCUCACGUCGCAGCUGGAUGAAAACUUGAGCAACUACUACGUACCGCCGCCAGUUGCGACCGUCAUGGAAGAUAUCACUCAGCAGGCGCACGCUAUGGACAUGAAUCCGGCGGCACUGAACUCGCUGAUCAGUGAAUACGGUGGUCACGUAACGACAAUUCCCACACCGACCGGCUUAGCGACCAUCCCCAGCGGCGCCGCCGAGCACCUGGCACUGACUAAUCAGGAAUUGUUCAAUCUCCAGCAACAGCAACAGCAGCAACAGCAACUGCUGCAACAGCAGCUGGCGCUCGGUGGUUACGGGUUUCUUGACCAAAAUGGUACGCUGACGGCAGCAGCAGCAGCUGCGGCGGCUGCAACCGUCGCCGGUGCACCAGCAACACUUGGAUCAGCCCAGAACACGAUCGCAGUCGGUGACUUGCAGCUCGUUAACGACUCUGGCCCCACCGGCAAGAUAACGUCUAUUAACGGAAUGAGUACGAGCGACGUGGCGAUCGCGGCUGGUAUGGGUCCAAUCACUAUUGGAGAAGACGAUGGUGUGUGCGAUACUAGCGAAGGCAUGGACGGUGUGGCCGAUGGUGAACCGGGCGCACACGAUCAAACGAUAUCGUCGUUCGAUCCGUACGGCCAGAUGAUCGAUACCAGUGGUGGUAGCGAUUACCUUUCUUGUGCCGCGGGGCAGGAAAAUCUGCUUCACUAUAAACUGAUGAACGAAGCCCAGUUGCUGCAGGCCCAGGGCCACUUUCUGGACUACGACGUGUCGCACGACGAUGGUUCAAACAGCAACAGCAGCAGCACUGAUGGUGGCCAGAACAAUAACAAUCCUGACGGAAGUCCUUCCAUGCUGGCGGAUGACGCUCUUGGGUUGGACCAGAAACCGCGGUCGCGUAGUAUCCAAUCGUCUCAUGACGAUCACGAGUCCCUGCCGCCGUACACGAGGAUGUAUGCGGUGCAGUCCGAGCGGUACGCGAGCAAAAAAAUCAAACCCGUUAAGCGGCCCGGUUUGGUCCUGAAAACACCGAUCGCUUAUAAGGGCGAUAUCGAUCCGUCAGUCAUACCGAUCGAGCCCGACGGCAUGGCCAUCUGCGAGAAGUGCGGUGCCAUCGGAGUGAAGCAUUCGUUCUACACCAAGCAGCGGCGCUUCUGUAGCAUGUCAUGUUCCCGAUCGUUCGAGUCGCUCCGUGUGUUCAGUGCACAUUUGCGCCCCGGAAGCGGUAACAAAACCCCCCUGGCGGACGACGGCAAUCGACCGACGGCGUCGGUGGCCGUGGGUGGCGAAGGGAUCGAUGAUGGUAUCCUGGCAGUGCCGCCCGACCAACUGAUUGAAGACCCGAGUGCCUCAACAGGUCACGAGCUCGAGGACAGCAAGCACUCGCUCUUGCUGCAGCAACAGGCACAAGUACAAACGGUCGGUUAUCGGUUCAAGAUGGCCGACCACAGAGGAGUCGGAGCAGCGCCACAUGUCCUUUUGCAACCGACCCCUGGCAGUAUCGUUAGCAAUAGCAGCAACAGCAAUAGUCACGAUGGAAGCGCUAGCUUAAGCAGUGUAAAUAGUAGCAACAGUGGCGCGAGGAUGGUGAGCACCGUCGGGGAUGCGAGUACGCACGACAUAGUGCCGCAAGAGGAGAUUCCCCAAAUAUCGAGGGGCUCCCGGCUUCCGUCACCCUGCCCACAGGACGAUCGUAUCAACAGCAUCCGGAGGAAACCGAACGAGUUCCAAAACUCGUACGACUGGACGCAGGCGCUGAUGGACGGGAAGCUAUUUGCAGCGCCCGUCACCUGUUUCCGACACGCGCCCGGUUACGAUAUGUGGCCGAACGUGGUGAUCGGGAUGAAGGUGGAGGUAGAGAACACGGACUGUGACGUGGUGCAGCAACCGGUGCUCGGUGGCACGCCCCACAGCUUCUGGGUCGCGGAGGUGCUGAGAAUCUGUGGCUAUAAGGCGCUGUUGCGCUACGAAGGGUUCGAUGCGAGCGAUGCGUCGAAGGACUUUUGGGUGAACCUGUGCUCCGCCGAGGUGCACCCGGUCGGAUGGUGUGCGACGCGCGGUAAGCCGCUGAUACCGCCCAAAAGCAUCACCAAGCCGUACCCGGACUGGAAGGAGUUUCUAGUGAAGCGGCUCUCGAACGCCCGUACCCUCCCGUCAACGUUCUACAAUAAAAUUAGCGACAGCUUUCGGUCGCGGUUUCGGGUGGGACUGAACCUCGAGGUAGUGGACAAGAAUCGAAUCUCGGCGGUGAAGGUGGCUACUAUCACCAAGAUCGUCGGGAAGCGACUGUACGUGCGGUACUACAACAGUUCAGACGACAAUGGAUUCUGGUGUCACGAGGAUUCGCCCCUCAUUCAUCCGGUCGGUUGGGCGUCGACCGUCGGACACAAUCUAGAAGCCCCGGUGGAGUACAUGGAACGAAUGAAUGCGGCCAGAGACCAAAUUUUGGAACCGAACGAAGACGACGCUAUGAUGGAUUUGUUUAAGACGAACUUUCAGUUCGAGGAGUACUGCUACGAUGGCCGGCAGACGGGAUUCGAGGAAAACAUGAAGCUCGAGGCCGUCGAUCCGCUCAACCUGUCGUCAAUCUGCGUUGCGACCGUGAUGUCGGUGCUGAAGUUUGGCUACAUUAUGAUACGCAUCGACUCGUACGAUCCGGACGUGAACUGUACGGACUGGUUCUGCUACCACGAAAAAUCACCGUGCAUCUUUCCGGUCGGGUUCUGCGCGAAGCACAACAUCACGCUCACCCCACCGAAAGGCUACGAUCUGACCACCUUUACAUGGGACCAGUAUCUGCUCGAUACCGGUAGCAAACCGGCCACCGAAGAUAUUUUCCAUCAGGAACCGAUCCGACAACGGUUCAAGGUGGGAAUGAAACUGGAAUCAGCCGAUCUGAUGGAUCCAAGACUGAUCUGUGUGGCCACUAUCUCGCGUGUUGUCGGCCGGCUGCUGAAGGUGCACUUCGAUGGCUGGGACGACGAGUACGAUCAAUGGCUGGACAGCGAAAGCCCCGACAUCUACCCGAUCGGAUGGUGUGUGUUGGUGGGCCACAAGUUGGAGGGUCCCCGCAUCCUACCGAAGAUACCGCUGGUGCAGAAGAUUUCGCCUAAAACGACCAAGAAAGGGAACAAACGGACCAAGAAGAAACUGAAAACGGAACCCGCCCCGGUGCCGCAGCAGGACGAUUGUAAGUUGCGUGGUGAGUUUUAUAUUUUUAGUUUUGUUUCUCAACCGGCACCAACGACACGGACGGCGCGGAUCAAAAAGGAACAGGAACAUUUCGAGCAACAGAAGCUUCUAUCAAACGCCCAGCUGGAGUAUGGUUCUUCUCCCAUGGCCCCAUCGCAGCACUAUGCGGCGGAUGCCACAAGCCAUCCGCACGGCGGACUGUCCACAUCGACGCAGGCAGCAAUAGCAGUAGCUACACCGUCGUCACUUCGCGCGAUAAUCAAACACGAACCAAAUCACCGCGACACAUCAUCAUCCUCUUCGUUACUGAGUGGAACGAACGCUCUUGGUCCCAUCUUUGACCACUCGACCGGUGGCAGCCUCGAUGGCGAUCGGGACGACGUGGACAUGCGUACCGAGGACGAGGACGGUGAGUCGAGCUCGGCCACCGGGCAUCCGUCAACGGCCCCGUCUUCCGAGAUUGCGGACAAUGAGCUGGAAAAGGUUAUUCCGCGGCUUAUCAACCACGACAUGCUGCUGGUCAACAGUAGCAGCUCGCCCGACUCGAUGGCGGGUGGUGUUGGUGCGACAGGAGGCCACAGUAAUUCGAACGGUAGCAGCAGUACGGGCGCUGGACUGCUCGGGUCGUUCGGUAUUGGCGGUGGCAGUAGUCAAAUCACACCAGAAAACUGGGAGGUGAAGGAUGUUGCCAUGUUUCUUACGAUCAACGAUUGCGCCGUACACUCGGAGCAGUUCGUGCAGAACAGGAUCGACGGUAGACGGUUGCUGGAGCUGAGCAAGGACGAUAUCAUCACGCUACUCAGCCUUAAGGUGGGGCCGGCGCUCAAAAUCUACGAUCUCAUCCAGCAGCUGAAGUGUAAGAUUGAUCCCGCAAAGUCGCGUCACCUCGCAAAGGUUGCGGGUAAAAAGUUUCUCUAGUAGCGUGCCGCACGUUGUUUGGUGAGAAUUCGGGGAAAGGGUGUUUUGCCGCCCGUGUGGGCAGCCCUUCGCAAGGAGCUCGCAACUGUGUUUGUCCACCUCGUGGGACGGUUGUUGCCGAGUACUGGUUUUGUUUUUUCGAAGAGAGUUCGAAAAGUUUUGCCAUUUGUUCGAAAAAAAGUUGUGCAUAUCGUGAGCCGGUUUCCUUCGGCCACUUGCUUCCUUCCACGGGAACAUAUUUUCGAUUUUUAAUCAAUUUUUUCACAUUUUCAUUUACUCCAAAAAAUAUUAUUAUGCAAUUAUGAACUUCUUAACUAUGAACUUUGGCACAAGUUUUUUAAAGUGCACUUUUAAUUGUUCGGUUCUUGGAUUUCUGGAUUCACUGGAUUCGGUUUUUAUCUGCAUUUGGUAGGAAACACGAGGAAUUUCACAAUCCGAAUGGUUUGCGCCAUACAACGUAUUCUGUAGCAUUUUUGUUUCCCAAAUUUACCUCUAUCUCAAAAUCGAAAAUCGGUUCACAUUGCUUUUUUUAAUUAAUAAAUUCUACGUCAGUAAUAAAACACACCCAGUGCCCGGGCUUUUGCCGAACAAAGAAUGGCCCUCAAAGCUAACUAAUCUAACUCACUGAUGCACCAAAUACAUCCACAGUCUUACAAAGUUUACCUGAUUAACGAGAGGGCGAGCUAGAAGCUUCCGGUGUGCCGCGUACAGGCAUCAUACAAACGCUCCCCCAAAGAUCCGUUGUUGGCAGGGAGUGUUUCGAUGCAAGGAGUCAAUAUAACGAAGUAGUAGUAAAGUGUUUGAUAACUCAGAAGACAGUGAAACCCAUUUGCUUCUUGCUUUCUCUCUGGGGAUAGGGCCAAUAGGCGGGUAAGGUUUACAUCUUAAUUCCUAAUAGGGGCCCACUGAAGCUUCAGAAGUAAUCACCCAAGUACGGAACCAAUCCAAAUACUUACAAAUCAGACCGGUUAACAAUAUAGGAGCAUACUAAUCAGGGAAAAGCUGGAGCCGAGUGUAGCCCAGCACCAGGAAACCGCAUGAAAGGUGCAUUGAAAGACACUCGAACAGAACGCCAAACCAUGUGCAAAAGAUUCAUUACACCCUCAGCAAGACACGCUAAACAAACUGUAAACUUCCGUUUAUUCAACCUUUAUUUAUCCUUCUUCGUUUGCACUUAAGGAAAAAGAAGGAAAGAAGGUACCAGUACGAGUUGUACGGAUAUGGUAGUUGAAGGAAAAUGUUUUUAUAAUGCAAAUGAAACCGAAGGGUUCACAAUAAACAGUGUAUCUUUCGAGCCAUAGUUCUUACCGAAAGCAGAGUUAAUGAUUGAAUAGAUAAUAGUGUACAGGUUGGCAACAAACAAUUUCAAUACAAAGAUUUACUGCGCGUUAAAAUUUAAUCGGGAAUAAUCCUAGCCCACAAACACACGCAAUGGGGAGAACGGUUCCGAUUAGUUCCGACCCCACUACUUCCGACGCCACAAAUGCUGAAAGCAAUGUUGACUGUCUCAGAGCGCUGGGUGUUAUAGGAGAAGUGCUCCUACGUGAGGUCUUAAAAACGGGGUCGGUUGGCUUGUUACGGUGCACAAAGCAAAUGGGACAGCAUUCAAAUCUGUGCAAAGACGCCACGCUAGAUUUGUUGAUUGGCGAGGCUCCAGGGGUUCGAGGUUCUGCUCCGGAUUGGAGCACCUGGAUCUGAAAAAAAUCAUAGUUAAUAAUGAUGCAUAUGAAUAGGUUGAGAGAAAUAUUAUUAGGUGUAGCCGUGGAGAGUGCAAACGGCGCGAUGGAUGGAUACGCGUUUCAAGUGGAUCGUUGAGAGCGUCGGACGGAUUCAGACGAGAAAGAAGGAACUGUACAGUCAUAUAUUAGAGAGAACUUAAGGAUAUUAGGGCAUCUUACGCAGGAGCAUUGGCAGACGGACAUCAACGUCGCAAGUUGAGCGUGUCGGUGCG